AUGGAUUAUGAAAAACAACUGGGGGUAAAGACUUCAUCAACUAAUCAUGAUGCAACUGAUAUUUCAUUACAUUCCUCUGAUCAACAACAAUAUAGAUCAUCUAAGAUUCAAAAUAAUUUAAGCUCAUCAUCAUCCAACACAUCAUAUACUGAUACAAGAAAAAAAUACCAAAGAUUUAUUGACUCAUUUAAACCAAUAGAUUUAGAAGAUGAUGGAAUAGAUGUUAGUGAUUUGACACCAACUGAAAAAUCUAAUUUAGCAACUUCACGUCAUCCACUCGCUCGUAGAUUAAAAAGUAGACAUUUACAAAUGAUUGCAAUUGGAGGUUCAAUAGGGACAGUCGUUGGUAGUGGUUAUGCACUUUCUCAAGGUGGACCAGGACUGUUAUUAUUAGGUUAUAUCAUAGUUGGAUUUGUUUUAUUAAUGGUUAUAUAUGCACUUGGAGAAAUGUCUGUUCAAUGGAGUAAUACUAGUGGUAGUUUCAAUGGUCAUUUUACUAGAUUAAUAGAUCCAUCUUGGGGUUAUACUUUAUCAUUAAUGUACUACGUAAGCUGGGCUGUAUCCUAUCCAUCUGAACUAAUCGCAGCCGCUAUGACAAUCCAAUAUUGGAAUGACUCCAUCAACCCAGCUGCUUGGGUAGCCAUUAUAUGGGUGUUUUGCCUGCUGAUCAAUCUUUUUGGAGUUAAAGGAUAUGGAGAGCUGGAGUUCUUCUUGUCCAUAAUAAAAAUCAUCAGUGUUAUUGGGUUUAUAAUACUUGGAAUAAUUAUUACAUGUGGAUACGGCAAACAAGGAUACCUUGGAGGAAAAUAUUGGCAUCCAGCUAUAGCCAAUGAAGAGAUGGGAAGUUUUACAACCUUUAAAGGCUUUGCUGCAGUAUUUAUCAGUUCGGCAUUUGCAUUUGGAGGAAUAGAAUUAGUAGCCUUAGCUGCCGCUGAGUCCGAAAAUCCCAAGAUCAGUUUGCCACGAGCAACUAAGUCUACCUUCUGGAGACUCUUAUUGUUCUAUGUUUUGACAGCUGUUAUUAUUGGAUGUCUAGUUCCGUACUCCAAUGAUGAAUUGUUGACUGGUGAAGGAAUAGCUGCUUCUCCUUUUGUAAUUGCUGUUAAUCUUGCUGGCAUAAAGGUAAUUCCUCACAUUAUGAAUGCUGUAAUUAUUAUAUCAGUGAUAUCUGUCGGUUCAUCCAGUGUUUAUGGUUCUUCUAGAACCUUAGCUUCAAUGGCCUCGCAAGGAUUGAUUUUUCUGUGGUUUGGAUAUGUGGAUCGUGAAGGAAGACCUUUGGUUGCCAUUGUUUUAACUAGUUUGAUUGGUUUGCUAGGCUUUUUAGUGGUCAACAAAAAUGAGGAAGAAGUAUUUACUUGGUUCUUCUCAGUUUGCAGUCUUUCUGCCUUCUUUACAUGGUUCAUGAUAAGUGUUUGUCAUAUCAGGUUUAGAUUAGCACUUUCUAAACAAGGACGAGGUACGGAUGAGAUUAUUUUCAAGUCCCCAUUUGGUAUGAUAGGUUCAUAUUCUGCUAUGGCAAUUUUAUUGUUUAUCAUAGCUGUUGUGAUUUGGGUUGGUAUAAUGCCUAUUGGAGAAACUGGAGCCGACGUAACUACAUUUUUUCAAAAUUGUCUUUCACUUCCUUUAUUACUUAUAAUUUGGGCAGCUCAUAAAACAUAUACAAAAACCUGGAAUCAUUUAUGGGUUAAAUUAGAAAAUGUCGAUUUGGAUACUGGUAGAAGAGAAGUAAACCUAGAGGUAUUAAGACAAGAGUUGGCUGAGGAAAGAGAGGCUUUAUCCAAAAAACCAAUUUGGUACAAGGUGUAUCGUUUCUUAUGUUAA